AUGAAUGGAGGAGCCGAUCUAAGGGGGUUCCUUGCACUCCUGGACCAAGAUUUGGAGGCAUCAUCGCUUGCAGGCUUCUUCGUCAAAGCCCUAGGACUUCAUCAUGUUGGAAGAUAUUCUCAGAGUGAUGAAAUCGCAGGCGAUGUUGUCGGCUUCAAUCUCUUUGGCCGCCAGUUGAUCGUUCUAAAUAGCUAUGAGGUCGCUAAAGACAUGCUUGGAAAUAAUGCAUCAAUUUACUCUGACCGACCUACCAUGGUUUGGGCUGGAAGGCUGUUAGGUGUCGAAGACUCCAGCGUUGUUCUUGCUCCUUAUGGGAUGGAAUGGAGAGAACGAAGGGCGAUGCUUCAUCAACUGAUGGCAAGGAAAUCAAUGACGCAAUUCCACGGGACCCUUUGGGAGGCUUGUCUGCGCAUACUCGCGGAUGCUCUCGAGAACCCGCUCACCUUUGAGGGCCGCCUGCGUCUACGCCUUGGUGGAGUGAUUCUCAAAACGACAUAUGGGAUUAAUGUUAAGGGCCCCGAAGACCACUAUUUGCAAAUUAUCGAGAAGUUCGUCAAGGCGCUCAAUUUUAAUUUUUUUGGGAGACAUCUGGUCGAUUUCUUCCCUAUCCUUGUGUAUGUUCCUCGUAGUAUUCCAUUCGCACAAUUCAAGAAAGAGGCAGAGUCCUUGGGCGCGAUUCGCAAAGAACUCCUGAAUCGAUCAUUCGAGUACGCAUUGUCUCAAGAGUCCUUAUCGCUUGUGAACAGACUGAUGCUUGCUGGGAAGAAUCCAGAUUCCGUGAAGCUGGCCACUGGCACCCUCUACACCGCUGGCGUAGAUACAACUCUUGUCGGGAUCAAAGCAUUUCUCACUGCAAUGAUGCUCAAUCCUGAGGUUCAGAAAAAAGCCCAGCAAGAAUUAGACGUCGUGCUUGGGACUUCGUCUAAGCACGAGGUGCUGCGCUUUCCAACUUUCGAUGAUCAAGACAAUCUCCCAUAUCUUAACGCUGUGAUCAAGGAAGUGCACAGAUGGCACCCUGUACUUCCCCUCGGAGUGAGUCAUGCCCCUGUUGAGGACGAUAUCUACGGAGGAUACUUCAUUCCUCGUGAUUCAAUCAUCAUGCCAAAUCAAUGGGCAAUGAGUAGGGACGAACGCCACUACCCAGAGCCGGAAGAAUUUAGGCCCGAACGGUUCUUAGGUGAUAGCCCUGCUCUCGACCCGAAGGAAUUCAUAUUUGGAUUUGGCAGAAGGCAACUAUUUUCUGCCGCUUGCACCGAUCUUCCCUAG